GAAUCAUUCCUAAAGUUUAAAAACAAAAAGAAAAAUGUUGAAGCAAAUUUCUUUUGUUUUCUUUGUUCUUCUCAUUGGUUGCUACAUUAGAGUUAAUUGUGAGGAAUUAAAGCAUCUUACCAAUGAGGUUGAAGUGAAUGUGCCUGCAAAUCUGACUUGGGAACUUUAUAGUCACCUUGGGAUCUCAAAACUUGCUGCUCAACAGCUUAAACAUGUUAUUCAAAGGAUUCAAGUUUUGAAAGGUGAUGGUGGGGUUGGAACUGUUCUUAAACUCACUUUUGUUCCAGGGAAUUCAAGUUAUACUGAGAUAUUCAAUGUGAUUGAUGAUCAAAAGAGGGUGAAAGUAGCACAAACUUUAGAAGGUGGAUGCCUUGAGAUUGGUUGCUCGAUUCAACUGGUUCGGUUCGAUAUAAUAGAAAAAUCCCCGAGCAAAAGCAUCAUAAAAUCUGAUAUUGCAUAUGCUGUCAAGAAAGAAUUUCAAGCUAAGGAUCCAAAGCCUAAUAUUCAAUGCUUAGCAGCUGUUGCACAAGUUGCAAAGUAUUAUCUUGAGAGAGCAAAUUAGGCUUAAAAUACCCUCAUUAAAUUGGUGUUUUUGGGUUGAAUUUUUUAAAAUUGAGUAGGCAUAAUAAUAACGUUUACAUUUUCUGUUAA